AUGCCAUCAAAACUUUACCACCUUCCCAAGCUUCCUCUCCUGCCCCUCCCACCCCACCAUUAUAGUCCUCAGUUGAAGCCAUUCCUGACUGCAAAGGGCGCGCAUGCCCCAAAACCAGUGCGCGUCCCACAACGCUACAGUACCAUGGCUUUUAAAGAUAAGCCGUCGAUUGUUCUUGUCUUUCUACUCGUAUCCCUCCAUUUUGUUGCCUCUUUGGGGCUGACAGACUCAGAAAUCCUCCUCAAGUUCAAAGGUUCUUUGUCGAACGCAUCUGCAUUGUCCGACUGGAGUGACAAGACCACACCAUGCACAAAAAAUAAUGCAACAAACUGGGUUGGUGUAAUUUGCGUUGAAGGGGUCCUCUGGGGUCUGCAACUUGAGAAUAUGGGACUGGCUGGGAAGAUUGAUGUGGAAACUCUACAGACUCUGCAGGAUUUGAAAACAUUCAGCGUCAUGAACAAUAACUUUGAAGGUCCCAUUCCAGAGUUCAAGAAAAUUGUUUCAUUGAGAGCGGUUUAUUUAUCCAACAACCAUUUCUCAGGGGUGAUUCCGCCGGCUGCUUUUGAUGGCAUGUUGAAACUGAAGAAAGUGUAUUUGGCAGAAAAUGAGUUUACAGGUGCCGUUCCUUCGUCAUUGGCUGCCUUGCCUAAGCUUUUGGAUUUGAGGCUCGAAGGCAACCAAUUUACUGGGCAGCUACCAGAUUUUACUCAGAAUCUUCAUUCAUUCAGUGUGUCAAACAAUGCAUUGGAGGGGCCAAUCCCCCCAGGCCUCAGUAAGAUUGAUUCAAGCUCCUUCUCAGGUAACAAAGGUCUAUGUGGACCACCAUUAAACCAAUGUAAUACCAUUUCCACCAACGACAAUGGCGAUAAGAAACCCUCAGUGCUACUAAUUGUGAUCAUUGCUGUAGUUGUGGUAUUACUAUUAGUUGCCAUCGUUACUUUCGUUUUCCUUCGUCGUCGAGGCCAAAGACAACCACCAGCCUCAGUAGAAGCACCACCACCACCAAUACCAUCAAACCUCAAAAAGAAAACAGGUUUCAAGGAAGAGCACCAGAGCCCAUCAAGCUCACCAGACCACUCGGUAGGUAGCAAGAAGGGAGAAGCUCCAAAGCUGUCCUUUGUGAGGGAUGAUAGGGAAAAGUUUGAUUUGCCAGACCUGUUAAAGGCCUCGGCUGAGAUAUUAGGAAGCGGUUGCUUCGGGUCCUCCUACAAAGCAGCACUUAACUCUGGGACGAUGAUGGUGGUUAAGAGGUUUAAGCAGAUGAAUAAUGUCGGAAAAGAAGAGUUUCAAGAGCAUAUGAGGAGGCUAGGGAGAUUGAAGCACACUAACUUACUUCCUCUUGUGGCUUACUAUUAUAGGAAGGAAGAGAAGCUCUUGAUCACUGACUUCAUUGAGAAAGGCAGCCUAGCUGUUCAUCUUCAUGGUCAUCAAGCUCUAGGCCAACCAAGCCUUGAUUGGCCAAGCAGAUUAAAGAUUGUUAAAGGAGUAGCCAAGGGUCUUGCAUACCUCUACAAAGACCUUCCCAACAUAAUCGCUGCCCACGGCCACCUCAAAUCCUCCAACGUUCUUCUCACUGAAUCCAACGAGCCCUUGCUCACCGACUAUGGACUAGUUCCUGUUAUCAACCAAGAAAAUGCUCAAGAACUCAUGGUAGCCUAUAAGUCCCCUGAAUACUUACAUCACGGUCGGAUUACCAAGAAGACCGAUGUAUGGAGUCUCGGGAUGUUGAUACUGGAGAUCUUAACAGCAAAGUUGCCGGCAAACUUCGUACCGCAAGGCAAGGGAAGCGAGGAGGAAGAUUUAGCAAAUUGGGUCAAUUCUGUUCCUCGUAAAGAGUGGCCUAAUGUGGUGAUCGAUAAGGACAUGACUAAUGGGCCAACAAAGCAAAAUGCUGAUGGUGAAAGUGAGGUGAUCAAGCUACUGAAGAUCGGUUUGAGCUGUUGCGAAACAGAUGUGGAGAAGAGGAUAGACUUGAAGGAAGCUGUCGAGAGGAUCGAGGAAGUAAAAGAGAGAGAUAGUGAUGAUGAUUUUUUCUCCUCCUAUGCUAGUGAAGGGGACAUGAGAUCUUCAAUAGGAAAGUCUGAUGAUUUCACAUUCUCUUGA